AUGGAUGUCCCAGACGAGCCGCAGACGCCUUUCAGCACUGUCACUGCGCAGACUAACAAGCUGCAGAGGCAAUACCAAGCACUCCUCGACCAGUCUACCCCUUUCGUCCUCUACCGCUGGAUCGGCACCGGCGUCGCCCUGUUCUUCUUCUUCGUGCGCGUGUUCUUUGCACAGGGCUGGUAUAUUGUCGCAUAUGCGCUCGGCAUCUACCUCCUGAACCUCUUCCUCGCCUUCCUCCAACCCAAAUUCGACCCGUCCAACGAUGCGCUCGACAACGACAUGGAGGAUGGCGCCAUCGGCUCCCUCCCCACAAAGCAGGACGAGGAAUUCCGGCCUUUCAUCCGCCGCCUGCCCGAGUUCAAGUUCUGGCACUCGGCCACCCGCGCCGUUGCCAUUUCCUUUGCGUGCAGUUGGUUUGAGGUCUUCAACGUGCCCGUCUUCUGGCCCGUCCUGGUCAUGUACUGGUUCAUGCUGUUCAUCUUGACCAUGAGGAAGCAGAUUCAACACAUGAUCAAGUACCGCUACGUCCCCUUCACCGUCGGCAAGGCGCGCUACACUAAGAAUAGCGCCUGA